ACGGGGAGUGACCUCGCCGCCCAGCGCCAUGGGGGCUUCGGACCCGGAAGUGGCGCCCUGGGCUCGCGGCGGCGGUGCCGCGGGGAUGGCGGGAGCCGGAGCUGGAGCUGGAGCUCGUGGCGGAGCGGCGGCGGGGGUCGAGGCCCGGGCUCGAGAUCCGCCGCCCGCGCACCGCGCACACCCGCGCCAUCCUCGCCCUGCAGCGCAGCCCUCCGCCCGCAGGAUGGACGGCGCGUCCGGGGGCCUGGGCUCAGGGGACAACGCCCCGACCACCGAGGCUCUUUUCGUGGCGCUGGGCGCGGGUGUGACGGCGCUUAGCCACCCGCUGCUCUACGUGAAGCUGCUAAUCCAGGUGGGGCAUGAGCCGAUGCCCCCCACGCUGGGGACCAAUGUGCUGGGGAGGAAGGUCCUUUACCUGCCAAGCUUCUUCACCUAUGCCAAGUACAUUGUGCAAGUGGAUGGGAAGAUCGGGCUAUUCCGAGGCCUGAGCCCCCGCCUGAUGUCCAAUGCCCUCUCUACUGUGACUCGGGGCAGCAUGAAGAAAGUUUUCCCUCCAGACGAGAUCGAGCAGGUCUCCAACAAGGACGAUAUGAAGACUUCCCUGAAGAAAGUCGUGAAGGAGACGUCCUACGAGAUGAUGAUGCAGUGCGUGUCCCGCAUGCUGGCCCACCCCCUGCAUGUCAUCUCAAUGCGCUGCAUGGUCCAGUUUGUGGGACGGGAGGCCAAAUACAGCGGUGUGCUGAGCUCCAUUGGGAAGAUUUUCAAAGAGGAGGGGCUGCUGGGAUUCUUUGUUGGCUUAAUCCCUCAUCUCCUGGGCGAUGUGGUUUUCUUGUGGGGCUGUAACCUGCUGGCCCACUUCAUCAAUGCCUACCUGGUGGAUGACAGCGUGAGUGACACCCCAGGGGGGCUGGGAAACGACCAGAAUCCAGGUUCCCAGUUCAGCCAGGCCCUGGCCAUCCGGAGCUACACCAAGUUUGUGAUGGGGAUUGCAGUGAGCAUGCUGACCUACCCCUUCCUGCUGGUCGGAGACCUCAUGGCUGUGAACAACUGUGGGCUGCAGGCUGGGCUCCCUCCCUACUCCCCAGUGUUCAAAUCCUGGAUUCACUGCUGGAAGUACCUGAGUGUGCAGGGCCAGCUCUUCCGCGGCUCCAGCCUGCUCUUCCGCCGAGUGUCAUCAGGAUCGUGCUUUGCCCUGGAGUAACCUAAAUCACCUGACCAAACACGCAGUCUCAGCCUGGCCCUUGGGAUACCUGUAGGGAAAUUCCAGCCCAGCAACACCUAGAUGUCCUCCAGCCCAGCUGGGCUACAGUUUCUGUAUUGGCCAUGUGUCUGUCCAGGUGUGGGGCUGGGGAGGGGUGGCUAGGCCCAGUGGAUGGGGUCCCCUGUUAGACCUGCAAAAGGUGGGGUGGGAUAGGUUUGGGAGUUGGGGUGUCCUUCCCUGACGUCCAGAUUUGCUGAAUCUGCCUUGUGCAGGGCCAGAGAAAGGCUUGUGGAGGCCCAAGGUGGUCGAGGAAAGGCUAAUGGAGUCCGAUCCCACCCCUCGCACCCCUCACUGAGCCUAGCUCCCGCUCAGCCCGCUGGAGAGCUGCUCCUGCUUUGUAAAUAGGGCAUGACCCCUUCAGCAGGCCAGCAUCCUGCCUCGGCCUGUGCUGGAAGGCCCAUCCCAGGCUCUGCCUUCAUUUUUCUCAACACUACUUUUCUGAUUCAAGGGCAGCACCUUUUUCUGAAUGGGAAAUCAUGUGACUCUUCAGAGUGUGUCCCCCUCAUCUAAUACUUGUCUGUUUAAUGGCGACACCUCAUGUGCAGGAUCUGGUUACCUGUGCAACUGUGUGAAUAUGAAGAAGUUAGGCAGAUCAUUGUCUCUAGCCCUCCCCAGUUUAAAAGCUCAUGGUAAGACUCGACCCCACCUCCCUCAAAUAAAUGUAUUGGUGGUGAUUUGGA